UUUGUUUCCCGCGAGAUGCUCGCGCCGCAGAGUAGCUGGAUGCUAGGCGGCGGCGAGUGGAGGAUCCGUGGGACUCUACCUGUGGGGGAUUAGCAGAAAUAAAAAAAAAAAAAAAAUGGCCAAGCAAAGCUCACUGUUCAACUUUUUCACCAAGUCUCCACCGCCGGUCUCCAAGCCGAAGCCGAAGCCGAGUCCCUCCCCGGCCGAAGCGGACCUGCCGAACUCCGUGGAGAAGUCCAGCUCGUCUCCCAAAGAGGAGGCCAGGCAGACGCAGCAGCAGCAGCAGCGGAGCAAAAGCAGCAAAGCUAAACAGAGCAGAGCCGCCAAGGCUGCAGGCGGAGGGUUGAAGAAGCUGUUCGGAGACAAGGCCUCCGCCACAACCGGAGUCAGCUCCACAUGCCCAUUCGCAGCUGGAGCCCUGGUGUGGGCCAAACUGGAGGGCCACCCCUGGUGGCCGUGCAUGGUGGUGCCUCAACCUCUGACGGGCCAGCAGAUGAGGGGCCGAGGCCGAGAUCAGCGCAUGCACGUUCAUUUCUUUGACGAGCCUCCGACUAGAGGAUGGGUCAGCACCAAAUACGUCAGAGAGUACCAAGGGUCCGACAGCAGCGACGUCAAACCCGGCGGCGUGUUCUUCAGCUGCAAACCCGUGAUCCGCCGUGCCAUGGAGCUGGCUGAUAAAUUUAUCUUUGACAGCGCUGAAAAGAGAUUAAAGAUGCCGCUCUGCACGGAUCCAUCUGAUGAGGAAGAGGAGGACGACGAAGAGGAAGAAGACAUGGAGGUGACUGUUGACAAGUCAACAGUGACCGACGAAGAGGUCAGCGAUGGCGAUGAGAAGAAGAGCGAGGAAGUGAAGCCACCCAGCGGCAGCCGGCACUCUCUCCGUUCUUCCGCCGACAAAGGAAGCAAAGCCAAGCGCCGGCGCAUCGUCGUGGCCUCGGACAGCGACGAAUCAGACGAAGACUUCAAGCCAGAUCAAGCUGCGUCCGGCAGCGAGGAAGAGGAGGAGGAAGAGGCGACGGUGAGCAGCGAGGAGGAGGAGAAGGAGAGCAGCCAGGAGUCCGAACCCGACAGCCCGGUCAAGCCUGUGAAGCGCAAACGCCCCGCGGAGAAGUCUGUGGGCAAGAAAGCCAAGGCACCCUCCGCCGCGCCGUCUGCCGCGCCUAAACGAGCUCCAGCUGCCAUCGCCGCGGACACCAAGUCCCGCCUGUCCGCCUUCUCGGCCCCCGACAGCUUCGACAGCCAGGCCAACGGAGCGGGGGCCGGCGGCGGCGGCACCACCUGGGACCACGAGAAGCUGGAGUGGCUGCAGGACGGCAGGAGGAAAGACGGUAAAAGACGGCGUCAGAGCGAGGACGACUACGAUCCCACCACCCUGUACGUCCCCGAAGACUUCCUCAACAGGGUCACCCCCGGGAUGCGCCGCUGGUGGCAGCUGAAGGCGGGGAUGUUCGACACCGUGCUUUUCUACAAGGUGGGCAAGUUCUACGAGCUGUACCACAUGGACGCGGUGGUGGCCGUCAACGAGCUGGGGCUGACGUUCAUGAAGGGCAGCUGGGCGCACUCCGGCUUCCCGGAGAUCGGCUUCGCGCGCUUCUCGGACGUGCUGGUGCAGAAGGGCUACAAGGUGGCCCGCGUGGAGCAGACGGAGACGCCGGAGAUGAUGGAGGCGCGCUGCAAGACGCUGGCCAGGCCCACCAAGUACGACCGCGUCGUCAGGCGGGAGGUGUGCCGCGUCAUCACCCGCGGCACGCAGACCUACAGCGUGCUGGACGGCGCGCCGUCGGAGAGCCAGAGCAGGUUCCUCCUCGUCGUGAAGGAGAGGGCCGAAGACGAGAGCUCCGGUCGGCAGCGCAGCUACGGCGUGUGCUUCGCCGACACGUCGGUGGGGUGUUUCCACCUCGGCCAGUUCCCGGACGACCGCCACUGCUCGCGGCUGCGCACCCUGAUCGCGCGCUUCCCGCCCGCCGAGGUGCUCUACGAGAAGGGCAACCCGUCCGCCGAGACCCGCAAGAUCCUCAAGGCGUCUCUGUCCUCCGCCCUGCAGGAGGGGCUGAACGCCGGGUCCCAGUUCUGGGACGCCCAGAAGACUCUGAAAACCCUCGCGGAGGAGAAUUACUUCGAGGAGACGUCUGGGGAGGAAUCGGGCGGCUUUCUCCCGCCGCUCCUGAAGCGCAUGACCUCGGAGAGCGACUCCUUGUCGCUGACCCCCAAGGAAGGCUACGAGUUGGCUCUGUCCGCGCUGGGCGGCUGCGUCUUCUACCUGAAGAAGUGUCUGGUGGACAAAGAGCUGCUCUCCAUGGCCAACUUCGAGGAAUACGUCCCCGUCGACGUGGAGCUGGAGAAAGCGGCCGCUUCGUUCUCCCAGACCCGUCAGCGGAUGGUCCUGGACGGCGUGACGCUGGCCAACCUGGAAAUCUUCCAGAACGGCUGCGGGGGCAGCGAGGGGACCCUGCUGGAGCGCCUGGACACCUGCUGCACGCCGUUCGGCAAGCGGCUGCUGAAGCAGUGGCUCUGCGCUCCCCUGUGUAACCCCGCGUCCGUCGGCGACCGGCUGGACGCGGCGGAGGACCUGAUGGGGGCUCAGGCGACGGCGACGGAGGUCACGGAGCUGCUGAAGAAGCUGCCGGAUCUGGAGCGGCUCCUGAGUAAGAUCCACGGCAUCGGCACGCCCCUGAAGGGCCCGGACCACCCCGACUCCAGGGCCGUCCUCUACGAGGAGGUCACGUACAGCAAGCGCAAGAUAGCCGACUUCCUCUCGGCGCUGGAGGGUUUCAAAACCAUGCAGGAGAUCACUUCGGCUUUCGCUCCGGUGUCGGGCGGCUUUCGCUCCGCGCUGCUUCGGCAGAUCGUGAGCCUGAAGAGCGAAGGGAGCGGCCUCUUCCCCGACCUCUCCGCGGAGCUGCAGCGCUGGGAGACGGCCUUCGACCACCAGAAGGCACGCACCACCGGCGUCAUCACCCCUAAAGCCGGCUUCGACCCGGACUACGACCAGGCGCUGGCGGGGAUCAAGAGCCGUGAGCGGGACCUGCAGGACUACCUGGAGAGGCAGAGGAAGAGGCUGGGCUGUAAGAGCAUGGCCUACUGGGGAACCGGGCGGAACCGCUUCCAGAUGGAGGUUCCCGACAGCGUGUCGGAGAGGAACAUCCCCGAAGAGUACGAGGUGAAGUCCACGAAGAAAGGCUGGAGGCGCUACGUGACGAAGGAGAGCGAGCGGCUCUUCUCGGAGCUGCAGGGCCUGGAGGAGAAGAGGGACGCGGCGCUGAAGGACUGCAUGAGGAGGCUCUUCUACAACUUCGACAAGAACUACGGCGACUGGAAGACUGCAGUGGAGUGCAUGGCCGUGCUCGACGUGCUGCUGGCGUUCUCCCGCUACAGUCAGGGUGGAGACGGGCCCAUGACCAGACCCCAGGUGGUGCUCCCAGAGGAAGACCACCACGCCGCCGCGCCCUUCAUCGACCUCGUCGGAUCCCGUCACCCCUGUGUGACCAAGACGUUUUUCGGGGACGACUUCAUCCCCAACGACGUCUUCAUCGGGUGCCGUGGGAACGGGGAAAGCGACGCCAGGUGUGUCCUCGUCACGGGACCCAACAUGGGGGGCAAGUCUACCCUCAUGCGACAGUGCGGACUUGUGAUUAUUCUCGCUCAGCUCGGAUGCUACGUACCAGCCGAGAGCCUUCGCUUUACGCCAGUCGAUCGGAUCUUCACUCGGCUGGGAGCCUCGGAUCGAAUCAUGGCCGGCGAGAGCACCUUCUACGUGGAGCUGAGCGAGACGGCCAGCAUAUUGCACCACGCCACUCGGCACUCGCUGGUGCUCCUGGACGAACUAGGAAGGGGCACCGCCACGUAUGAUGGCACAGCAAUCGCCAGCGCUGUGGUGAAGGAGCUUGCUGAGAAGAUCUGCUGCCGCACGCUCUUCUCCACGCAUUACCACUCGCUGGUGGAGGACUACGCAAAGAGUCCCGCCGUGCGACUGGGUCACAUGGCGUGCAUGGUGGAGAACGAAUGCGAGGAUCCGAGUCAGGAAACGAUCACGUUCCUCUACAAGUUCGUCAGCGGCGCCUGUCCAAAGAGUUACGGGUUCAACGCCGCUCGCCUCGCCAACCUGCCAGAGGAGGUCAUCCAGUCCGGGCACAGGAAGGCCAGAGAGUUUGAGAAAAGCACCAUCAGCCUGAGGCUGUUCAGAAAGCUCUGCCAGUUUGCUGAGGACGGCGCGCCGGACAACGCUCGCUUCACUUCGCUCGUUCAGCUGCUCCACACCCUGUAGUUUCCUCACGCGCAGCUGUUGCUGCUUUCUUUUUUUGUUCUGUUCAGCACACCAGGGUGGGGGGAAAUAAACACUACUGCAAUGAUCUAAUAAAGUUUAUUUUAAAAAAAUGACAAUGUUUCAUCUAGGAAAUUAAACCCUUUUAAUUCACACUAGCGCCUACAUAACGGUUAUUGAAUACUUCACAAUAUAUUAAGUCUAGAUGUUAUGAUACAUGCAUACAUUUUCAGUCUGUAUGAGAAAUCCACAAUCACCAGUACACAUGAAUGAAAGGAGGGGGGGGCCAUGAAACCAUAAAGCGCUGUAUAUAGAUACUUGUCUCAGCUUCUGUAGAGCAAAAGCUGUUCAAUUGUCCAGCAACAUUGGGAAAAACUGAAAAGUCCUGAAAAUGAUGCUUUUACAAGACUUGCUGCUUUUAAUUUUGCUGAUGUAAAAAAAAAAAAACAGGGCAUUUGAUAUUAAAAGCAAUUUUAAAAAAAACAACUAAAAACAGGACCAGAUGUAAACAGAUUUAGUCAAACUUACAGAAGGACCUGGAAGCAUUUAAAAUGUUUUCCCACCAGAUGUGUAAAUAAAUCGUCGUUUUGGAUUAAAUUAGCUGUCAUGGCUGUAAGAGACGAUGUUCAGCAAACAGACUUAGAAAAAAAAAAAAAAAAUGAAGGAUGUGCAUAGAAAUACGUAAAACCACAGCUGACAGAUGGUUGCUUUCAACAAGGUACACCAGUCUUGUCAAAGCACAUUUCGGCAUCAGUUUUCCUGCUGAAAAAAAAAAAAAAAAACAUUGCUGGAAAUAAAAUAAAAAAAGUUUAGUGUUUUUCCUCUUUUCUCUGAUCUCUUUCACAGAAAGAAGUUAGAUACUGCGACAUGAGUAUAAUUACAGCAAUUCUGGGGGGGGGGG